CAUCCUGGGUCGGCGUAGCCAUGGCGUCUCGUGUCCUUUCCGCUUGUGUCCGCCGACUGCCCGCGGCCUUCGCGCCGCUGCCACGGCUUCCCACGUUGGCCGCGGCCCGGCCGCUCAGCAUCACCCUGUGCCCCGCGGGGGCCCGGACGAGGCCUGGGGCUCCGCAGCCAGCCUCGGUGCUCGCGCAGGUUCCAGUGACACAGUUGUGCCGCCAGUACAGUGACGCACCCCCUCUGACGUUAGAGGGGAUCAGGGACCGUGUUCUUUAUGUCUUGAAACUUUAUGACAAGAUUGACCCAGAGAAGCUCUCGGUAAAUUCCCACUUUAUGAAAGACCUGGGCUUAGACAGUUUGGACCAAGUGGAAAUUAUCAUGGCCAUGGAGGACGAAUUUGGGUUUGAAAUUCCUGAUACAGAUGCGGAGAAGUUAAUGUGUCCACAAGAAAUUGUAGAUUACAUUGCAGAUAAGAAGGAUGUAUAUGAAUAAAUCAGACCCCCUUUUUUCACUGAGAGAGGAGUCGGAAGAUGCUGGCGAGUGUCUGGAAGUGAGAACGCGUUUUGGCAUUAUUGCUGCCUUUGACAGAGUAAUUCUGUUUAGACUUGUAUUUAAACUGUCUGUUUUUUCCUUUGAAAAUAAAUCUAUAAAGCCAA